AUGGAGCCCUCUGCGGGAGGCAAGGGCGGGGCCCCGCAGCCCCGGCGUCGCCAGCCGCCCCCUUUCGCACCCGGCCAGAUGGGCCCGGCCUUCAGCCUGCCCCCCCAGACCCCCGGCUACGUGCAGCCCGGUGGCAUGAGCUUCCCCAGCCAGCCCUUCAGCCAGCCCCUCGGACAGAACUUCAGCCCUACGGCCGGGCAGCUCCUUCAGGGCCCCGUCGGGGGCUUUGGGCCCAUGAUCUCACCCACCAUGGGGCAGCCACCACGGGCGGACAUGGGGCCAGGGCCCGCGCUGAACCCCCCAGGCGGCCCCUCAAUGACACAGAGGUUUGGCCAGCCGGGCACCCUCUUUGGACAGUCACCCAUGCAGCGGCCCAGCCAGACCCUGCCCAACUUGCCCCCUAACACCAGCCCCUUCCCCGGGGCUGACCCCGGCUUCCCGGCUGGCGCAGAGGACGGAGCCAAGCCCCUCAACCCGCCUGCCAGCACCUUCAGUCAGGAGCAGCACUCGGGCUCACCAGCUGCAGUCAACGGGGCCCAGCCCAGUUUCGCCCCUGGCAGCACCACCCGCAGCAGCGGCACCCCUGAGGCCAACAGCCUCCCACCGCCCAGCAAGGCUCCUGGCAGUUCAGGGCAUCAGCCGCCACCGGGCCUGGUGUACCCCUGCGGGGCCUGCCGCAACGAGGUCAACGACGACCAGGAUGCUAUCCUGUGCGAGGCCUCCUGCCAGAAGUGGUUCCACCGCGAGUGCACGGGCAUGACGGAGAACGCCUAUGGGCUGCUCACCACUGAGGCCUCAGCUGUUUGGGCCUGCGACUACUGCCUCAAGACCAAGGAGAUCCAGUCUGUCUACAUCCGCGAGGGCCUGGGGCAGCUGGUGGCCGCCAACGAUGGCUGAGCCAGGCGGACCCACUGCCCCCACCAGACUCGU